GUCUUUUUUUAAAAAAAUUAACUGCUUAACAUUUAGCUUUGGAUGCUGGAGAACCCAGAAGGUGGCUCAGGCUUCCCUGGUCUGGACUUGGUGGGCAGCCUGGGCACAAUGACCUUUGUCCCCUGAUACUCCCUCCCCCUGCCCUGAAGAGUGGUCAUUCUAGACACAGAACAAGGAGGCGUUCCCUUGGAGGAUCUGGGGCAUCUUGGGACUGACUCAACCAAUCCACGCCCACCCAGCCUGGGAGAGGGAGGGAGAAGGUCUUGGCAGUGUGGGCUCUGGCCUUUGCAGUGGACUCCAAGCACAGGCAGUUCACGGACUCCAGGGCAGCUCUGUCCAUGGCAUUCUUGAAGCUCUUAGAGCAAGCUGGGGGUGUGGGUCUCUUCCAGGCCCUACAGGUCUUCACCCUCCUCCUCCCUUCUGUCUUACUGCCCUCCCACAUGCUUCUGGAGAACUUCUCGGCUGCUGUCCCAAGCCACCGAUGCUGGGCACACAUGCUGGACAAUAGCUCUGAGGCUCCUGCAAAUAUUGCCCCUGAGGCCCUCCUGGCCAUCUCCAUCCCACCUGGCCCCAACAACGAGCCCCACCAGUGUCGCCGCUUCCGCCAACCACAGUGGCAGCUCCUGGACCCCAACGCCACGGCCACCAACUGGAGUGAGGCAGCCACUGAGCCAUGCCUGGACGGCUGGGUCUAUGACCACAGCACCUUCACUUCCACCAUCGUGACCAAGUGGGACCUGGUGUGUGGCUCCCAGAUCCUGAAGGCCCUGGCCCAGGCCAUUUUCAUGUCUGGGAUCCUGGUGGGAAACUUCGUCUGGGGUCUCCUCUCCCACCGGUUUGGGCGGAAGCUGAUUCUGAGCUGGAGCUGCUUGCAGGUGGGCGUGGCUGGCACCAGCACCAUCUUUGCCCCAACUUUCCUCGUCUACUGUGGCCUCCGGUUUGUGACUGCUUUUGGAAUGGCUGGCAUCUUACUGUCUGUGAUAACGCUGAUGGUGGAGUGGACCACAACCCACAGGAGGGCUGUCACCCUGACCGUGCUGGGAUGCACCUACAGUAUGGGCCAGAUGGUGCUGGCCGGCCUGGCCUUCACCCUGCGGGACUGGCGAGUGCUCCAGCUGGCUGCAUCAGUGCCCUACCUGGCCAUCUUCCUGAUCUCCUGGUGGCUGCCAGAAUCUGCCCGAUGGCUGCUUACUACAGGCCAACCAGACCGAGCACUUCAGGAACUCAAAAAGGUGGCCAGGAUAAACGGCCACAAGGAUGCCCAAAAGACACUGACCAUCCAGGUGGUGCGGUCCAGCAUGGAGGAGGAGGUGGAGUCUGAAAAGGAUCCCUGGUUGGUGCUGGACCUGUUCCGAGGGCCCGAACUGCGCCGUAGAUGCUGGGUCACCCUGCUGGUGAACUUCUCCAUUGCAUUUGCCUAUUUUGGCCUGGUCUUGGACCUGCAGAGCCUGGGUCAUGACAUUUUCCUCAUCCAGGCCCUUUUCGGAGCUGUGGACAUCUUGGCCCGGGCCACCACCACCUUCUUGGUCAGGUUCCUUGGCCGCCGCAUGACCCAGGCAAGCUUUCAGUCCAUGGCAGGCCUCUCCAUUCUGGUCAACGUGCUGGUACCAAAAGAUUUGCAGACCUUGCGAGUGUUCUUCGCUGUGCUGGGAAAGGGCUGUUUCGGGAUAACCCUCACCUGCUUCAGCAUCUACAAGGCCGAACUCUUCCCGACGUCGCUGCGGAUGAUCGCAGAUGGCUUUGUGCAGUCAGCUGGCCGGCUGGGGGCCAUGAUGGGUCCCCUGACCUUGAUGAGCCGCCAAACCCUGCCCCUGCUGCCCCCACUCUUCUACGGUGUUAUCUCCAUCGUUUCCAGCCUGACUAUCCUGCUCUUCCUCCCAGAGACCCAAGGACUUCCACUCCCUGACACUCUCCAGGACCUGGACAACCAGAGAUCAACAACAGCCAGAGCCAACCAGCAAGAGGUGGUUGUUACAGAAAGCACCUGGUUCUAGAAAUUCUGCCUGUGUGAAGACCCUUUAGCCAAAGACCCUUGGGGAAGAGUUGCCUCUUCUCUAAUCAGAGGGUGGAGGCAAAUUGGGCAGCUUGAGGACAUGUGUGGCAGAGGCCAAGUGGGCAGUUGGUCCCCUCAAUCAAGAGAGUUGUUUGGCUAAGGGCCGUCCUGCACGGUAGGGAGGAAAGCUUCCAGAUUGUCCAAUUUCACCAGGUGUCCAGGGAGCACCUAAUACUGAGCUUUCAUCUUAGGCUUUACACAACAGGGUCCCCUUUGUUGUCUGUUUGAAUGGGACACCAUUUUCUUAAUCCAAACAGCAGUCCAGGCUAUUAAGACUCUGGGGUGAUUGAGGCUGACCGUGCAUCAUAGAGGGGAGGAAGCUAACACCCAGAGAGGUGGGCUGACAUGCCUGUGAUCACAUGCUGAGCCCAGGCCCUGACUGCCAGGGCAGGGCUCUUUUCAACCCUCAUCUCAACCCCUCCAUGACCCUGAUAUCUGUAGCCCUAUCACAAAGUUACCCCCACACCGUUCCCCAGACAUCCUUCUCAGAGAAACUACGAGCCCUGGAUUCCUCAUUCCAGGCAUUUCAAUUCACCGCUCACAUCCAGGUCCUCAUAGUUCCCAAAUCCAUCUACUUCCCCUUCACCCUGUCUGCCACCUCCAUUCAUACCACUAUUAUGUCUGGUCUCUAAAUGGGACUCUGAUGUCUAUACUGUGCUCCACACAACAGCCACCAGGUUUAUUAGGAAACACAGUUCAAACCACAUCCCCUCUCUGAUUAAAACCUCAUCCAGUGGUAAUGGUAAAUAUCAUACUGCUCUACCCUGCCUGGUCAGCCCUUUAUGGGACCCCAGCCUUAUCUCAUGCCACAGUAAAUUUUAAAGGAUUUAAAUCAUACAAAGAAUGUUCUUGAACUGUCCUGAAAUUCAAUUAUAAAUCAGUUACAGAAAGAUAACUAGGAAACCUCAAACUAUACAACGCACUUCUAAAUCAUCUGUGGAUUAAAGAAGAAAUCUCAAAGGAAAUUAAAAAAUGUUUUGAACUGAGUGAAAAUGAAAAAAAAUUGGCAUAUCAAAUUUUGUGGACUAAAACUAAUUAUUAGAGAAAAAUUUAUAUCAUAAAUACUUACAUUAGAAAAGAAUAAAGUGCCAAAUCAAGUGCCUCCAUUUCCACCUAGAAACUAGAAAAAGAAAAGUUAAUUAAACUGAUAGUAAGCAGAAGAAAAGAAAUAACAAACAGGAGAAAUCAUAGAAAUAGAAAUAGCAAAAGAAAGAAAAUCAAUGAACGUUAAACGCUGAUUCUUUGAGAAUAUCAAUGAUGAAACCUGUAACCACAAUGACUGGGGAAAAAAGAGAAAAGAAGCUCAUUGCCAAUACAGGAAUGAGAGAAGGAGCAUCACUACAGAUUCUACAGUCAUUAAAAUGAUAAUAAGGGAACCAUGUAAGUAAUAUUUUACCAAUAACUUUGAACAAUUAAAUGAAAUUAACAAAUUUCUUAAGGGACACAAACUAUCAAA